UAUUAUAAAUUUUACUUCAUUUUUCUAAUAUUCCCUAUAAGUUUAUUCGAAUGUGUUCCAAAAUUGAACAUCGAUGUUACCAAAUACGGCAUUUCUAAGGAAGAUGUUAUUAAAUCUCCAUACUAUAAAAAUAAGGCAUUCCACGUAGAAAUGAGCACCGAGGCCGGCGAGGAGCUGCUCGAGCAUUGGAGCACACAGGGAUUUUCUGGAGUGAUUGCAGCAAUUGCGACACGAAGAUUACCCCUGGUCGAACAAUACCAUCAAAAGUCCCAUGAAAAGUGUACAUCUGCAGCUGAAACCAUCUCGGAGCAUGCUUCAUGUCUUCUGCAGCUGGAGAGGCUUGCCCAUACAAAUAUGUUGAGAAAACGGAGGAAAUUUUUCCAUAAAAGUU